UAUCCGCGUAAGAAACACGCGCGUGCAGACUAACUUCGCUGGCAAUUUUCGUUUUGUCUUUUCCUUUCGCGAUUUGCCGCGCUCUUUCUCUACUCCGACACGUCACCGAGAUCAUCGACGUGGCAAAUUUCCUUUGCCUCAUCAGCAACACAUAUUUAAUUCUCACCGUCUGAUUGCCUCGAUUCCUAUAGCAUCCUAAUCUAACGGUUGAGAAUCCCGAAAGUGAUGCUACCGCUAGGGACCCACCAAGUACUGGGUCCAGAUUCUUCUUUUCUCCCCUUUGUCCCCACGACGAACCUAACCAACUGUACCGUACCAAUCCCUGGGUCAAGCCCCACCUCAAAAUAGUCAAUAUAUAUAUAAACGUAUACACGUAUACACACACACACAACAUAUUGUAUACACUCUUUCUCUCUCAUCUUUCUCACUCCGAAACAUUGUUACUCUCAGAGAAAUGGAGGUCAUCGAGGUAAGCGACGGGGCCCAAGAUUCUGCGGUGGCGACUGAGAAGAGGAAACGAGUCGAAGCAGACAUGGAUUAUGUCAUAGACGACGACAUUCUUGCAUGGCUUUCUGGAGAGGAUGAUUACUCGAGUGAGACGAUGAGUGAUCAGCUGAUGGAGCUUCUGGACGCGACGGUGACGGAGGAGAGCUCUCCCUCAAAGGUCAGGUUCAUCGAGAAUCCGUACGAGCCGCCGGGGACUUUUCAAACGACGCCGUCAUCUUACGUAACCAUAAAUGGGAACGAGGAAAGCUGCGGGUCUUCGUUCUCCGACCGGGACUCGUCGGUCAUGGUGAGCGUUUACACAAGCGGAGGUUUCAUUGGUUCGCAAAUGACGGGGUUCGGUAGCUUGGAAGAAGUGGUUGGGUUGGAUCUGGAAUCGAGCAUGAAGCGGUGGUUGGAAGAUGGAUUGGAGGCGGAGAUGGAGGGUGCGUGGGGUUCCAGUGAUGAAGGGUUGAUGAUCGACUGUGAUGGUGAUGGCGAUGGCGAUGGUGAUUCACUGGCGAAGUUUUGGACUGAGAUCUUUUCAGAGAAAGAGAUAAAUAGAUUUUGUGUGGAGUUAGUGGUGGAAUCUUCUGAGGACCCAUUUUACCACGUGUUACAUACAAAAAUGAAAAAUCAUGUAGUUAUGGGGGUGGUGAGGAAGAAACCAAUACGUUGAGAGAUGGGGCCAGCCCCAGUGACGACUGACUUGUGCCGAGCGAGUCUCGACUCCCGAGUCUGUUAUGAUUUAUAUGCUAUCUUUUUCGUAUAUUUACAAAUAUCAUCUCUAACAUCGUCAAUAAUAAUAAUAAUAAUAAUAAUAAUAAUAAUUUAAGUGUUAUGUUUAUAAGUGAACUUUUCGUAUACAUAUAAUAUUGGGUUUUUACACUAUCUGUAUUGAUUUAUUUUUAUACGUUUCAACAUUUUGAAGAUUUUUUAUUUAAUUUUUUUUUUUAUAAUGGUCUACUUUAAUUAUUUAAGAUAUUUUGUAAAAUUUUUAAAAAUUUAAAAUAAUUUAUGAGGAAUGUUAAUUA